AUGGACCCAAAUGUUAGACCCCCCAGCGUUGGUGGUGCAUCGAACCUGCCCAUGAUCGAAACUCCACAUCCUUUGAGCAUCAAGCUGAUGAGAUUAAAAAAACCAGAGUUUUCAGUGGACGUUCCAAUUCUUACUGAACGAAAAGAUGUUCUCGGAGAUAAUAAAUUGUUUUAUAAAACACCAAAUCAUGCUUCCGAUGUGAAGAGUCUGUACGGGAAUGAUUCGGUUGGAUCCAGAUCAACAACGAGUGGAUUUAAAGAAGAAAAAUUAAUUGAAAUUCCGGGCGUGGAGGAUAAUAGUAAUGAGAAAAACCUAUCACAAUUUUUAACAGAACGAUGCAUGGUUUUUGACAGUUUGGGUUAUAAUGACUCGUGGACUUUACCAAGUGCUCCAGGUGCCAUCUAUAUCGGCGAGACACUCAAAUGUUACAUCUCUUUGCAUAAUGAAUCUUACAACGUCAUCAAGAACAUUUCUAUUACUGCCGAACUACACACUGGAAAAGGAAAAACAACAAAACACAUCUUGCUGGAUAUUAGCUCGACACCUAUGGAGCAGCUUGGUUCCAAAUCAAAUAAGGAUUUUAUUAUUGAACAACCAUUGAGCGUUCCUGAUAAUAUUAAUGAUGAUGAUGACAAAACUUUUCUUGUGUGUAAUGUUGCAUACUAUGAUCCUGAAGAAGGAAGGAUGAGAUCAUUCCGAAAAUUAUUUCCUUUUAAAGUGUAUGAACCUCUUGGAAUGAAAGUGAAAGUCAAUACUCUUGAAAAUCAUAUCUUUGUACAAUUAGAUUUACAAAAUUUAACGCAAGCACCCUCCAUGUAUAUUGAAAACGUAAAAUUUGAACCCAACUUUGGAUUUGAUCUUAUUGACCAUUCAACUCAUAAUUAUGGAGAUAGAUAUUAUGAGCACCCAUUAUUGAGAGGAGAAACGAAAAGACUAUUAUUUGAACUGGUCCCAAAUUUAAAACAGCCAAAGGCAGUGAAUGUUCUUGGAAAAAUCUCCCUUCAAUGGAAAAAUACUUUAGGAGAGAGUGGAAUGCUUAUUACCAGUCCAAUUCAACACAAAGGAGUCCAGAAACAAGACUUGGACAUAACAAUACUUGGUUUUUCAUCAUCACCUAUGUCUGAUGAAUUUCUUCUUGAAACUGGAAGAGUUCAACUCAAACCCGAGCAAUUUUACCUACAUAAGCCAUUCUAUGCAGUGUGUGAAAUUGUAAAUAAUUCGAAGGAUAUUAUGGAUCUUACGCUUCAUCUUGAAUCUGAUAAACUGUAUCCACUUGCAGUUUAUGGAUCUUCUUUGCAAGUAAUUGGAGAAUUGCAACCUACCAAAUCAAGAAUUGUUUACAUUCCACUGUUUCCAUUACAAAGAGGCCUUCAUGCAGUUGCUGGAAAAGGCAUGUUUAUCAAGGACAAGCAUUCAGGAAAAGUGUUAACUCUUCCUUCAAAGCCAGUUACUAUUCAUUAA